UGUUCGUAUUCAGUCGAUGGUUGAUGUUGAAAAACGUAUCUUUAUUUAGUUUUUGUUAAAAAUGUGUGAUUUUAAUAAGAUUCGAUAAAUUUGACAAUGUUUUUUUGUAAAUUCAGUUUAAAAUCACAAAUCUUUAGAUCAUUAAACUAGGUAAUCAUUGAAAGAGUGACGAAAAACAUUAGUACCUAAUUUUGCUAGGUACUUAUUAAUAUUUUUAUUGGUAAACAAGUUUUAAUUGUUACAGAGUAGCAAUGAAUAAAGAAAAUAACAGGAGUGCAGCAGGAUUGCGUCGUUCAGCCGUCGCUGAAAGGAUCCGACUAAGGGAAGAAUGGUCAGAAUUGAAAGGAACCUCAGAUGCGCCAGAGGACAAAAACAAGACAAAUGUAUUGAGGAAACGUAACCUUUAUAAGAACACAGCCAAAAAACAGAACCAUACCGAAACCUUGCAAAAUAUCAAGAAAUAUGUGAAUGGAACGGAAUUCUCCAAAACAAUGCAAGCUAACAGUGAGGUUCUACACGGAGUGGUAGCCCUGGUGGAUGUGGGGGCGGAGAUGAGAGCGUUAGCGCUUAGGGCUGCGCUGACGGCCCUGGGUGCCACCGUGGUGCCGACUUGGAGUCCAAUUGUCACGCAUUUGGUGUGGUCACAAGCCGGCAGCGUGGGCACCCGAGCGCGUGCGCGCGCGCUGGCGUGCCGCCUCGUGUCCCCGCUGUGGGUGGAGGCGUGCGCGGCCUCCGCGGCCCGGCUGCCGGAGCGGGCGUUCCCGGCCGCCGCUAGGGCUUCGGACUUGCCGUCGCCGAGGACGCUUAGGCAGCUCUUGAAAAAAGCCGAAAUGGAAAACAUACCACUCCUAGAACUACUGUCCGACAAAGAAGAGGAACGUGAGAACAGACCGGCCAGGCUGCGGUUGUCGAGCGAAACCGACCGCGACACGUCGGCGGACACGUCGGCGGACACGUCUAAGAACACGUCGAAGGAUAAAUCUGGAGAUUCCACUAUAGACGUAGAAUCUCGAGUGAACACAGCGCCCCGUCGGGCUUUACCUAAUUCGUCGGUCGGCAGCCCGCGUCCGACCAAAUCCAGGCGGAAGCUGUUCACUCAGAAAGAGACUGAGGUGAUGAGGAAGUCUGAUGAGGAAUCAGACGCAGAGACACCAGGCGAGAAACGCAACAAAAUCGCAGCGGUAACGCAACGAGAUCGCAAAGAGCUCGCCAGAGCCGAGCGGAUGGCGCGCAGACUGGUCGGCGCCUGCGCAGCGCCCGCCGCGCAACGGGUUCACUGCGUUUCUGCUGAGAUUAAACCGAGAAUCGUACUUACGGGUAUGGAUCGCGCCGAACGCCACGCGGUCUGCGACGCGAUACGUAAACUGAACGGACGCGUACAGUCGCACGUCAACAGGAGAACUACGCACGUUUUACUUGGUUCAUGUCGCUCCGAUAGUCCAGAACGCAACUGUUCCGGCGUGACAGCACUCAACAUCACAAAUACGUGUUCCAAAAAUACCAGCACAAAUACGUGUUCCAAAAAUACCACAACUAGUUCACGUACAAAAACUGCCAUCAAUAGUCUUAAGAAUAAUACCAAAAAUAAUAUCACUGUAUCUAGUAUAAACAAUAAAAAUACUAGUCCCGAAAGUUCAGUACAAAAUAAUGUGAUAAGUACUGGUAAUGAAAUGAGGGUAGUUCACAGGAGCGAAUUGCAAAAAGCGCGUACAUUGAACGCUUUGUUAGGCGCCGCUAGAGGUUGUAGAGUGUUGAACGCGCAAUGGGCUUUAGAUUCUUUGGCGAAUAAUACUUGGUUACACCAUCAUGGUUAUGAGGUGCCGCAUUUGAAGAAGAUUUCACAGAAAGCGCGCAUAGAACGAACAGUGUUAGGCAAACUGCGUUCAGAAUACGGUUACGACGUAUUUUACGGUAUGAAAGUGCGGGUCACACCGAACGCCGAACAAAAAGACGCCGCCAUUCAACUUUUGACGUUAUGCGGUGCCGCUGUACAAAAUGGCGGCCGAAGCGUUCAACAAAAUGGCGGAUUGACACAAAUUGGCGGCAAAAGCGUUGAACAAAAUGGAGGAUUGUCUCAAAAUGGCGGGCAGGAAUUCGAUUUGACAGUUGGUGUGAGAAACGGCGAAGUCAGCUCUAAAUGGGUUUUCGACAGUGUCGCCGCGGCGAGAAUGAGAACUACAAGGAGAUAUAUAGUUAACAGGCAUUUGACUCAAAACACACAGGACAGUGUUAUUUGACAUUUAUAUUAAUAAUUUCAAAUGAUUUUACCAUGAUCCAAUAAGGUUAGUUUAGGCAAAAGUUGCUGAGGUCAGACGGGAGUCGCUUCGUGUAAAUACCUGACUCACCGAAUUCACAAUUUGUAAUGAAUCUAUACUAAUAUUAUAAAGCUGAAGAGUUAGUUUGUUUGAACGCGCUAAUCUCAGGAACUAAUUGAAUUUUUUUUUUGUGUUAAAUAGACCAUUUAUCGAGGAAGGCUUAAGGCUAUAUAAUAACACGCUGCAACUAUAAGAGCGAAUAAAUAAUGGAAAAUGUCAAAAUAACGGGGAAAAUUAUUCAUCCUUGAGGGUCUUCAAUGUUGCCCAAAGCAACUAUUCCACGCGGACGAAGUCGCGGGCACAGCUAGUUAGUUAAUAAGGUCAUAUAUCAUCACAAGUGAUAUUAAAAGUAUCAAAAAUUUAUGAGUACCGUAAUCUAUAGAGUUUUUUCUAUGUAAAGCGAUUUUUUUCAAUGUAUAAAGCAAUUUUAUUAAGUUGAAUGUUUAAAUUCUUGUUUGACUAUACUAAUCUAUUGUAUGGAUUGUCACAUGAUCUUAAUUUUAAAAUAUGGAUAUUUUAAAUUAAACCUACUCUGUAUUUCUAUUUUUAGUUAACUUAUAAUAAAUCAGGUAUAGAGUUUAAAAGUUUUUAUAAAUUAUAUUUAUAAUGAUUUUUGUUUUAUGUAAAUAAAGCUAUGAUAUUAGGUAGGUAAGUAAGUUAUUUUUGUAAAACAGUAUGUAUGUAAGUACGUAAAACGUUAAUUCGUUACUGCGGCUCGGGCAGUUUAAAAAGUGAUUUUCAAGUUUUGUUGUAUUUAUU